AUGACUCAAUCAGGGGAUACAAAACAAGUGUUAACUGGUUCAGCAGAUAACUCAUGCAGACUUUGGGACUGUGAAACAGGGAAGCAGCUUGCUUUUUUUAAAACAAGUUCUGCUGUCAGAACGGGUGGAUUUGACUUCAGUGGAAACAUCAUCAUGUUUACAACUGACAAGCAGAUGGGCUACCAUUGUUACGUCAGCUUCUUUGACAUACGAGACCCUGCUCAAAUAAGUAACAAUGAACCGUAUAUGAAGGUACCAGCCAGUGAGUCAAAAAUAACCAGUGCUGUUUGGGGACCUCUUGGAGAGUUUGUCAUUGCAGGACAUGAAAAUGGUGAAUUAGUACAAUACAGUGCUAAGUCUGGGGAAAUAAUGACAAAAGUAAAAGAACACACCAAACAAAUUAACGACAUUCAAACAUCCUUAGACCUGACCAUGUUUAUCACAGCUUCAAAGGACAGUACUGCUAAGCUGUUUGAUUCUGCAAGUUUUGAACACUUAAAAACAUUCAGGACUGAACGGCCUGUCAAUUCAGCUGCUAUUUCUCCUAUUGUGGAGCAUGUUGUCCUUGGUGGUGGUCAGGAAGCAAUGGAUGUCACAACGACCUCCACUAGAAUUGGCAAGUUUGAGGCUCGAUUUUUCCAUUUGUCAUUUGAAGAGGAGUUCGGUAGAGUGAAGGGUCACUUUGGACCGAUCAACAGUGUGGCUUUCCAUCCUGAUGGGAAAAGUUACAGUAGUGGAGGUGAAGAUGGUUACGUGAGAAUACAUCAUUUUGACCCACAAUAUUUUGAAUUUGAGAUGGAAUUUUGAGGAAAUGAGAGAUCAUUACUUGCAAAUUGUAUUGCAAGAAUUAUUUUGUUAAAUAAAAGUAUACAAAAGAG